AUGGAGAAGGUGACGAGGCUGGCUACAGAAAAGGGUGUGGUGAUUUUCACCAAGAGCUCUUGUUGUCUGUGCUAUGCAGUUAACUUUCUGUUUCAAGAAAUCGGUGUGUUCCCUGUUAUUCAUGAAAUUGACAAAGAUCCUGAAGGGAAAGAAAUGGAGAAAGCUUUAAAAAAGUUGGGUUGUAAUGCACCUGUCCCUGCAGUGUUCAUCGGAGGAAAGCUGGUGGGGUCCACCAAUGAAGUAAUGUCCCUUCAUUUAAGGGGUUCACUCAUUCCACUACUAAGGCAACACCGAGUUUAA